GUCACGAGAUGAGCUUUGCCAUGUUCUUGUGCUGCCUGUUCAAAGUGGGAGCCUUGACUGAGGCAGACUCUGCUGCGGUCGUUUUAUGUGUGUUCCAGAGGUACAUGGAGCUUGUGCGCCAUCUGCAGCUGGAGUAUCGCAUGGAGCCUGCUGGAAGCCAUGGCGUCUGGAGUCUCGACGACUACCAGUUCUUGCCCUUCAUCUGGGGCAGUGGCCAGCUCAUUGACCAUCCAACUAUCGUGCCCAAGUCAUUCACGGCACCCGGCUUUCCAGAGGCACACUCGAAAGACUACAUGUUCAUGGGAUGCAUAGAGUUCAUUAGCAAGGUGAAGACUGGCCCAUUCCACGAGCACUCCAAUCAAUUGUGGAACAUCAGUGGAGUGCCUAGUUGGUCGAAGGUCAACGCGGGGCUCAUGAGAAUGUACAAAGCUGAG